AUGAUGCACAAUUCACACGCGGAUCCAACCGUACAGAUUCGAUCACCGCACGCACAGGUGGACGGAACAAGCAAGUCAGCUGGGACAUUGACUCUACGAGUUGUUGGUGCCGCAACAAGGAGUUUAGAUGACCGGAAAAAGCAGUUAGCAGCAUUUGACGAGUUGCUGGAGAGGUGUAAGCGUGGAGAGGAUCAGCCGAUGACGAGGCAGACGGGCUAUCUUGUUUAUGGUCGUUGAUACAUGAAGAUCGGCUAAUGUUUAAGGGCUGUGUGGACAAAUCUCCUAGUUGUACUAGUAACUAAGUAGAAGCUUGAUGUUGCUGCAGUUGUACAGUUAGAGUUACAGACGGAGCCGUUUUUUGAAGACUAACCUGCUCUAGAAAUUCGGAGAUAUGGUGGAGGCAAGAUGAUCCAUCUAGCGUCUAAUAGAAGGGUACUGAAGAAGGUCGCUUCCCUACUACUCUUCCAGAUUUUGCAGCUCAGCGUCGCGGGUAUUUUCCCCAACCGCCACACCCUGCAACAGCCCACAGCAGUAUUAAGGCUACCGAAGAAUUUCCCCUCGUCUUCAACUAGAAGUAUAGUCGUGAUACGUAGUCGUGUAGAACUUCUAACUCUCGUUGAUAUUCAUCCCCGCAGAUGCGUUGAGGAUACAACUCGUUUUGACAAUCAUCCCCGCAGUUGUUGAGGAUACUCUUGCUGAGCAUCCUCGCAGUUGUUGAGGAUGCCAACUCUUGUUUCAGUGAAUCAUCCCCACAAGCAUGGAAGAUGACCUACUCUGGCAGCGCUAAGAGUAAGAAGAACAGCAAAGCUCUCCAGGUCCAGCCAGGUGAAAGUCGUAAGCAUCCUAGCAAAGAUUAAGGAUUCCGACAUUACAUCUUUCAUGAGCAUCCCUGAUUUUUUUGCAGUAGGAAAUUAAUAAGUCAGGGAUGUUCUGAGGAAUGUAACUCUGUGACCUCUAAAAAGAGGAGGCUCCAUAUCUUGACGUAGAUGGGGUUGGCGGAUAUGUUGUGGCUGACGGGGUUGGUCCGAACCCGAAUGAUGAACAGGAAGACGGCCAGCAUGUUCGAUUUGGUUAAGGCAUCAGCUUUGUCUCCAUAUUUAUUUGUAGUUGUAUGUGCAUGACUGAAGACUACUUACUCGACUUAUGCCUAUGCCUAACAAGAACAUCACAGAAUCACUUACCUCUACUUCUGGUUUACAACGAACUUCAAAAUGCCAUUUCAAAAAAAUGCGCUAAUUCGAGGACAACAUCUACAUCAGUAAUCGACCGUCAGCCGCUGAGAAAUACCCGGCGGUCCCAGUGGACGACCCGACCCUGAACGACUUUAGUGACGACCCUGAACGCGAGACAGUUCAGAAUGACCUUCGUAAUAUGGCCUUGAGGGUCCUUAAAGAUUUUUCUAUCCUUAAUAAAGAUGACCUCCAUGCCCACGACCAUCCUGGUGGCUUCUCUGUUUUGAUGGUCUAUUGAAGAAUAAAUAAAGGAAAGCAUAAGCCUAUUAUGUUUUUUAGACUUGUCAGGUAUUAGUGAGGGACUGCGUCGGGGAUCCUUUAUUUUGCACUGAAAGAAAAUUAAGCAGUGAACUUUUCCUUCGUUUUAAUCCACCCGUAGAUACCCGCUGAACUUUUCCUUCGUUUUAAUCCACCCGUCAACCAAGUGUUCUGUGCCUAAGCAGACUUUGAUUUUAAGUUUAACUGGCUGUGAUGGCGAAGCCUCGAAGAUGGCCAGAUAGAAUAAGCUAUUCGAAAACUCAAAAUAACCGAGUUACUGACUGAAAUGAGGGAGGUUAUAGCUUAACAUCAGGGCUACUCUUCCUUCUCAUAAAUUGCAUCUCGGUUAUUUUCGUCUGUUACUCGCUUAUUUCCGUUUUUCGAGUAGACCUUUUUCAUACUAUGUGCAGAUGUAGCUGUAGUUGGAAAGGGAGGAAAGGACUCCUCCGCACGAAUAGGAAGUGAUGCUGGCAACGUCAUCAAAGGCAACGAUGUAACUGUAAGUAUAGGGGUUCCAUCUACGAGAGGUCGACUGGUCGGCGAGCAUCUAAAGGCGACAGGCCAAGGACCGAGUCACAUCCCUGGAACAAAGAUCAAGCCAUCGGCAGACAUGAAGAACGAAAUGUUACAGGUUCCAUCUCCGAGAGGUCGACUGGUCGGCGAGCAUCUAAAGGCGACAGGCCAAGGACCGAGUCAGAUCCCUGGACCAAAGGUCGAGCCAUCGGCAGACAUGAAGAACGAAAUGUUACAGGUUCCAUCUCCGAGAGGUCGACUGGUCGGCGAGCAUCUAAAGGCGACAGGCCAAGGACCGAGUCAGAUCCCUGGACCAAAGGGCGAGCCAUCGGCAGACAUGAAGAACGAAAUGCUACAACCGGCACAGGAAAUGGUACAAACGGCAAAGUUUGGAGGCCGCGGCGUUGUUGAAGGGCUUGAUCUUUAUGAUGUUCGCGAUGAAUACCCCGGGUAUAUUCUUUACAAGGGAAUCAACAAAGACAUCGUCAAGUCUACUAUAAUUCCACAGAAAUAAUGAACUAAGGAGCAACCAGAACUACUACUACAGCUAUGCAAUAAUUAGACUACGACGACGACACUGGCACUGUCUAACAAGUUAGAAAAUCCAAAAACGACGAGCCCACGGGAGUACCGCCAGGAGACGAGAGCGAACCGGUGACACCAACAGGAGUGGGUAAUAUUGCAGCCUUGUUUGGAGCUCUUGGCAAGCUCAAAAAAACGGCUGCCUCAACGAAGUCACCGCCGGUCCAAGCGCGCUCUUUUGAGGUGGAUCACAGACCUCUUACCCACCUUGGUAGUAUCAAAGAGUUGAAGAAAACGAUGGAUAGCGAGCAACAAUUAAGGCAUUUGUAGUUCAUCUUCUUGUUCAUAGAAUAAUAGGUCAUUUCCGUCUAGUUGUUCAUAGCUAUACCAUUUCCGUUUUUUAACGCGGCAUUGCCUCACAGGAGAAAGGAAUAGCUGAUGAAAUUGAAAGUGAGCAAAGAUGUGGGACUCAUUGAUUGAGAAUGAUCAUCAUUCUUUGAAACAAGUACGCAAAUAAGAUGUAGGACUUGUUCCCAGAACAAUAAGCUGAAGAUCACAGAACAGAAACUGAAACUGGUUCUGCUCUAACUCCUCAGCAGCUACUAGCCGGUGGCCUCCUCAACAACGACGGGCCGGGCAAGAAAGCCAGUCAAGUUCUUGACGCUUUUCGAGCUAAAGCCGCGUUGAAGAAGGCUACGCUGCUAAGGCUAGUAGUUGUACUAGUAUAUCAUGAAUAUGAAAAAUAUGAGGACUAGACGUAUACGUAGACGCUAGUUUUCGAGAACGGGGCACACUCUAUACCUCUAGACUAGGCACUCUACUACUCUUACUACUACUACUGCUCCUACUACUACUACUACUCUUAUAAAUAUAGGCGAAGAUGAUCGAGUAAGGACCACGGCACGGAGCGAACACUUGACAAGGCCACUAGUACUACAUGGGACACUUAUUUGAUGUGGGUUAGUAGAGAUAUAACGAGUGGGUGACCUGGCGGUGACAAGUGUACUGCAUUAUGACUAGUAUACUUCAUGUACUAAUAUUUUUACCAAUGAAUAGAUGAAAGUGGGUGCAUCUCCUAUUCUUGUUCUUCUACUAUUUCCGUCUGAAGAUGAAUUUGAACAGUUUACAUCUGAGUACUACAUCAAUCCGGGAUAACCAGGACGUCUCUCUUCUAUACCGCUUAUUAUCUUAAUCUUCUCGUUCUCUUAUAUAUUCGAAUAUCACCGAUCAUAUUUUCCUAGUGUGGGAAGCCUUUGGCAAAACCGCCAGACCCAGAGAGCUAAUCCCCGAGGUCCACCUGCACCAAGCUGACCCGUUUCGAGCCCUCUGUCCCACAUGCCUUCGCCUGGGCUUGGCUUUAGCCAGCUCCCAGAGCGCGCGGCCCAAGGGCUCGACUGUUGGGGUCAUUUGGAUAGCGGCAGAAUGUGGCCAAAAGGUGAAAAUAGAUUCGGUUUUUGAAAAACAUUGUUUUUUGAGGUUGAGUUGUAAGAUUUUUGCCUCCGUACUUCUCGUUCUCUUAUUCAUUCGAAUAUCACCGAUCAUAUUUUCCUAUGUUUAUCCCACCACGGUGCCAUCUAAUAUCCCCGGCGGAAGGGUUUGUGGCAAAUAAACUCGCAAAGUUUGCAAAUAAGAAAUGGGAGCAUCCGGCUUUGAGCCAGAGGCGACACGCCUCAUCGAUAGUCAAGAACGAGAAAUUGUAUUUACGAAUUGCCUUUUGAUUUUUGGGCAGAUCGUCAUAAUUCUCAGCUAGUCCUCGUCGUGGGUAGUCCGCUUAUUCUUCUUCAAGAUUAUUUUUGAAUACUCAUGGGUCGUUCUAGGUUAUACUAGAAGGGGUCUAAGUCUAGUCGGUAAUUCGGAAGGUGCUGGGAAGGACUUGACGGUAGUGGAAGCAAUAGAGGCUCGCCGACAGUUACUGGAUGCAGCGAAGGAAAAGCUUGGGGUCAUGGAAGAAGAAUUUACUCGCCUACCCGAUCGUGCUGUCUCCCAAAAGGAGCAAGGAGACGCUGGUCAUCCUGGCGAAGGCGAUGAUGUUGCUGUUAAGGGCUCCCAUAUUGCAUUCUUCACAACCAUCCUUGGCCUUUUUGAUUUCCCUACCUGCGGCGCUCAAAGCACUAAUUAAAACAGCCGGUUAGUUUUACCUCUAGAGACUUAGCCCUUCCAACAACCUAUUAUACUAGUUUUGUUAUCCCUCCAGCCAAUCAAGUAAUAUACAACGAAAGGAAGUCAAGGAUGUUCAGCUUCUGAUGAGUGCACUUAUAAUAGCGCAACCUCGAAUGCUGGUGGCGGUGAGAGUCCUGACGUCGAUCCCAUUGGAAGGUUGCUGCAAGCAGAAGGUGAAACUGUUUAUCCAGGACGUGGGCAUUAUACUACUGGUCAUAGUACUACUCAUCGAGGCGCAACCGCGAGCUCUUCUUCGACACACGAAGUAGUUGUAGGCUCAUCACUUCUCAGCAUGGAACAAGAAGGCGCAUCGAGAUAUCAGACCAGUUCGCGGCAUGACCCGGCAUCUGAACAGGAGCACUUCGAAUCUCUAUUAGCCGUGAAGAGCGAAGCCGGAGAACUACAGGACAUUCUCCAUUCACAUGCCGAUGAUUUACACCGAAUCCGAUUGAAGAGCGAAAUACAACAACUCACGGAUGUCGUGGACCUACUCGAGAAGGAGCUUGAGCAUGACCUCGAUAUUUUGCUGCAGGAAUUAAGUGUGGUAUGGAGGAUAGUAUCACUUUUUUUAGAGAGAGUAAUGUUCUUGCUCUUGCCAUUGCUCCUCCCCCUACAACACUUCUUGCAUUAUUUGGACCUGUGCCAAGAAGUUUCUUGAAGAACCCCUUACUUCGCGCUCUAAUGAGGAACGAAGAUGAGGACACAUCAGAGACGUCACAUAGUCUCCAAGUCCAUAGUUCGAUGUCAGAGCAGCAGCAAGAAAUUCAGAAUCCUGGAGGGUCUAGCUCAUCUUAUGGCUGAAGAAGGAGUAAGUGUAAUCCCGCCGUCGACACGAUAAUCGUAAAAGGAGUACCUAGUGGAAUAGAAUAUCAUGUUCAGCAGGAACAAGUCGCUUGUUGUACGUUAUCGUUGGGAACGAAUUUUUUUUGAAUUCGCAAAUAAUCGAAGAGAACUUCGCUAAUAAUCCGGUUCUGUUUCUUUGCCUCCCGCUGGCGGUUCUUCAGCGUCGGAAGAUCAUUCUGUGGGAGUUUUGAGGAAAUCUCCACCGGCGCCUCAGCAAAGUCCACAGCUGUUCUACAAUUAAGGCUUUUUCAUACAAAUUUCAAAUUGCAGGGGAGUCCGAGUCAUCCUAGCUGGGAGAGAGACUUAAUUCUUUGCAUCCUAGUUCUUGUAGGGGAAAUCUCUCUAGAAUUAAGGCUCAAUAUUGUUCAUUUCCACGACUCAUUUCUCGCAGUUUCCCCCUUGGGAUUCUGAAGAAAUGAAGGGAAGAAAUGAAAUGUUGUGAGCUCCAAUAGGAGCAAGGAGUCACCCUAGUAGAAGGAGUCAUCCCAGGAUAGAGACUUCGCAAGGGGAUAUGGGGCGUAGGAAUAUAAUGCUGCUUCUCAGGAUGGUGGAUACGAUUAGGGUAGUUAGCUGUUCUAAUCUAGCGAAAGUCUUGGAUCGUAUGACUUUUAUCCAGAAAGUAGAAGUAUGCCAAGCACAGGCGGGGGAAAAGAUUUUUAUGCGGAAAGCACAAGCAGAAGAGCGGGGCUGCAAAGUAGUGGUCGUGUACACGGUAAAGGUAAAGAUGAAGGCGACAGUGGAGAUCUAUCGGGUGAGGAGUUGUGUUUUGACGUGUCUGACGAGGAUACCAAUCCCAGCAAUGAUCGAGAGCAGGCAGCAGGUCCUACUAGUACACAACCAGGCCCUACUUCUACUCUUGGGGAAGGUGAAGAUCCAAACACUACCGCGAGUAUUAUUGAUACGUUUAGGCUAAUGGCGGAGACUCUGCGAGAUGAAAUUGUGUCACGAGGAAAUACGCCCAACGACGAACGAGCUACUCCAGAGAAACGCGGAAGUUCGCAGGCUUAUGGAGGAACAAAUGCCAUAGUACCUAGUCUGCGGUCUCGUUUUCUUUUUUCAUUCAUUGACUUAUAAUUGAUUUAAUAUCCACUUGUUCGUAAUAAAGGUUCAUCUUGAUCGGUUAGUGUCAAUACUAGCUGCUCUAAUAUGCAACCCCAGCGUCUCCGUUUGACGAGGGUACGGAGUCCUUGUUCGAACGUACUGGACAAGACGGAGCAAGUUUUGAGGACUUUUUUCGGGAUCCGAUGCCUUCAACCAGUUCAAAGGGCAUACCAUCGAAAGCGCAUUCGAAGGGAGCAGAGGUUGACGAUGGUGGAAGUAGCAAUUUUCAGAGUUAUAGAAGUAGUAGAGACCAAGUAGGUGUAGGAGGAACUAGUUGUAGGGGUUUGUUUUACAACAGCAGCGUGGAAAAUGAAAAAGUGGGAAGUACAUCACAGACGAGAAGUAGUGUGGCUACUAGUAGCAGUAGACCACAGAGUAGGAUAGGCACGAAAAAUGCCAGUUCUUCCAGUCUGAAUGCCACGAAAAAGAGCCAUAUUUUUACAUCAAGCCACAGUAGUUGUACAACGAAGAGGAUAGCAGGAAUGCAAAGAGGAGACCCUGGCUUUGCCGAGAGUAGCAAAGCUAGCAACUAUUCUCGCACUAGCGACUCAAUGUCGAUGCGAAAUAGUAAGAGUAGCUCACCGGUCAAAAAGACAACCCUCAGAUCGUCAUCUGCACGCGCACCCGAUCCUCUUUUUCAUGCCGAUGGUCUUUUUGGCGAUCCUACUUCACCUCCUGCCAAGGACCCACCUACAGCUACUGCCACCGACAACGACGACCGCAAAUCUGUUGCUUCGAACUCGAUACCGCUCACAGAUGGUUGGUCCUCUUUGUCAAAUAUAAGUGCUAGCAAUACAACUGGGGAACAAAAGCCUCGAAGGUCCGAGACCGUAUCACUCUUGUCGCAGCAGAGACUGAUCGAUGAGCGUCUAAAAAGCAUCAGGAGCAUUGAGCGUGGAGGUAGCGCGGGUCAAAAUGAUGUAGAUUUACUUCACGGUAGUUUUGAUAGUACAUCUUUCGAUAUGAUGUCGAACCGCUCAUCCAGUACGAAAAGGAGUAGUGGGAGUAGUAGUCGGAGUCCUCAAAAAAAAAAGUGUGCCACUUCGAGGACAAAAAAGUCAAGUAGAGCAACAGGAGGAGUCGUGGCGAAGGUUUUUCAACAAGAAAGUGCUGCUUCAUCUUCUAGGGAGAACACAAGUCAACUUCGCCUACAAGAACGUGAAGGUGACUCGGUCGUAUCCGUGAAGGUGUCUCCUUCAAGAAGGUCAAAAUCUUCACAAUCUCACGAGCUAGAAGAGGACCUGAAAAGCAGAAGUGGCACUAAGGCUGGCGCAGGUAGAGGCGACACCUUGUCCUCGAAGCACAACAGUAAAGAGUCGGCUCCAUCUUGGGAACAAGCUCUUGGUGGGCGAGAGAGCAGAACAACUAUGAGGAGCAGCAAGAACAAGAGUAAGAACUCUGUUCCAAGUACUAGUAAUAGUAUUGGUCCUCUCGAACUCGAACUCGAUCAGAACAAGAACAAGAAUGUGGGUUCUAGUAAAGUUCUAAAUUCCUCAGCCAAAGUUAGUUCCAGUCAUCAUGGUUACGACGAAGCUGUAGACUUUUUCGAUACGACGAAUAAGGGUGCAGAUCGUGUAGCAGAUGCGAGGCGUGAGAUGCUCUCGCGGCAGACUUCGAGAGCCGAGAUACUGCGUCAGCAACUGCAGAAUGUCCUCGAUAGAAAAGCCGAUUUGGACGAUCGUUUCGACGACUUGCUGUACUGAAGAUUUAGCCUGGGUUAGCUUGUGAAUACCAGGUCAGUAAAUUUUGUUGUUAGGCUUAGUGAUACUAAGUAGUUGAUGGAUUGUAGUUUGCGUAGUUAGUUUCGUACAACAUCAACAGGGAAAUUAAACGUUUCGAUAUUCAAAAUGAAGCAUGGAGGGAUUACCUUCGUUAUUCAUAAACAAUGAACCAUGUCGAUUAUAUUGAUAUUCAAGACGAUUUAAUAUAAAACGAUUGAAAAUGCGCUGGCUCGCUUUUUAUUUACUAUCUCGAUAUUCCACGAUGAUAUUCAACAACAAUAAUACAGGUAGAGCAUCUCGAUAUUCAACAAAGAAGCAUCUCGGUAGUCAACACUAAAGCAUCUCGAUAUAUUAUACAACAAUAAUGCAUCUCAAGAAAUAACAAUAACGCACUUCGAAAGGUAGCAGUAAUCCAUCACUGUCAUCAAUACUGGAAAAUGAAACAAGAUAAAUGAAGCAACAUGCCCUUUUAUUCAGGUCAAAAAUUUAUGCACCAUUUUCAGAUUGAAAGCAAUCACGUGCUUGGAGGUCCAAAUAAUUCAACAUAAUAGUCAGCGAAUUCAGUACCGCUGUAGCUCCUAUGCUCAAAUGUGCACUUGUGACAAGCAUAUCAAGAAACACUUUUUUCAAACAAACAUGAGUCAAUGUAAGCGAAGAAGUACUUGGUGCUCGUUCAUUUUAUCAUCUGGACGAGUUUCAGAGAUAGACAUGUCAUCGAAGAUCCAUCCAUCAUCGUGGCCACUUGUUGACGUGUGUCGAUCUGCAUGAGGAGUCACUGGACGCAACCUGAUAUCUUCAACCUUAUUAUAGUUCUGCCGGUCAAAAGUGAAACAAAAAAAAAAGCGAUGUCCUCAGCAUCUUGAAC